UUAUCACAAUCAAAGUUCAAAAAGCAAAACAUUUUCGGUAGGUGUAACGAGAUAGUGUUUUUAUUACAAAUAUUUGUUUUAAUUUUGUUAAAUCAUUUCGAUUCGAAUUUAAAUUCAAACAUGUCGGAUGAAAAUAUAACUGUGAGUGACAAUUCAGAUUUAGAAGAUAUAGCUCCUCCGGAGUUGCGCGGAUACUUGAGUAAAUGGACGAAUUAUAUACAUGGGUGGCAAGAUAGAUUCAUUGUGUUAAAAGAUUCAACAUUGUCCUAUUACAAGAGUGAGCUGGAGAGUAAUUUAGGAUGUCGCGGUGCACUUUGUUUAAAAAAAGCUAAAGUCAAGCCACAUGAAUUUGAUGACCGCAGAUUUGAUGUCUCUGUAAAUGACUGUGUAUGGUACUUAAGGGCGUCCAAUCCUGAGGAGAAGCAACAAUGGAUUGAUGUUUUGGAGUCAUUUAAGGUGGAAUCAGGGUAUGGGACAAAUUCAGACAGCAGCUCUAAUGGAGGUGGUCUCAGAAGACAUGGAUCUAUUUCCUCUUUACAGUCUACUGGAUCACAUGGCCGCACAUCCCGCCGUCUGGCUGAAAAAAUCGCGGAGCUCGAGACAUACAAUGAUCUAUUGUCAAAGCAAGCAAUUCAACUGCAACACUAUUUUGACUUUAGCAUCGCCAGUUACCCACAGAUUAACGAUGACAUUGCGGAAGCAAUUGACGCUGUCAAAUUGGCGGACAGUAUAGAUCAAAAGAAAAACCUGAAUGAAGUGAGAGCGACCAGUAAAUCAUUCCGGGCGACUUGUAGCGCGACUAUCGCCACGGUGCAACAUUGUGUCGACUUGUUGAAGCGACGCGAGAAACAGGCGCGGUCCGCUGAAGAGUUAUACAUGGCUUUGAAGAAUCAGUUGAAUGAAGCUCGCUUGGCGUCGAAACCCGGGCCGGAUCACGAGGAGGGACCGCACUCUACCCUUCCAGACGACGAGUUCUAUGAUGCGGUUGAGACAGGCUUCGACAAAAUGGAGGAAGAGAGGUGUGCCCGCGUGUCCUCACCCACGGAGGUCACAAGAGAUGAGGUGGAACUGCCUCCGCCGGCCAUUGACAACAGACUAACAGUGCAUCCAUUGUGGGCAGAGAUCGACAGGAUAUCCACGGAACAGAUUCAGGCUGCGUUUGAAGGUGUUGGAGGAGAGAUUGGUUGGCAGCUUUUUGCUGAAGAGGGGGACAUGAGAAUGUAUAGGAGAGAAAUGGAAGUAGAUGGAAUGGUGAUGGACCCUCUGAAGGCGAUACACAAAGUCCGGGGCGUGUCUGCGAGGGAGAUGUGCCAUUAUUUCUUCAACCCGAGAUACCGAUAUGAGUGGGAGACGACCCUAGAGACGAUGAACAUCGUGGAGGCCGUGUCGUCUGACACGCUGGUGUUCCAUCAGACCUUCAAGCGCAUCUGGCCUGCCUCGCAGAGGGACGCCCUCUUCUGGUCGCACGUUAGGGCCGCGCCCCACAAUACCUACGCCGUCACCAACCACUCCACCGUGCAUCCGGAUUACCCGUCCAACACGGGGGCCUGCAUCCGUCUCCUAGUGACGGUGUGCCUCGCGUGUCGCUCCACCUUCCCGCCCAACGAGACCCCCGGACGGGAUAACAUCACCACCAGCAUCGCCUACUGCAGCACGGUAAACCCAGGGGGUUGGGCGCCGGCUGGGGCCUUGCGAGCGAUCUACAAACGAGAAUAUCCAAAAUUCCUUAAACGAUUCACCAACUACGUGGUCGAGCAAUGUCGGGAUAAACCCUUAGCUAUCUAAAUAUAUAAAAAAAAUCUGUUGGGAUAUCGUUUGUACCGUAUUGGAAAAAUCAAUAUAUUUAUUGUUUCUCAAACUAAAAUAGUCAACACAAAUAAAAUAUUUAAAAUUUACGCAAAGAACAAUUCCAGCACUGGAAAGUCACGGAUUAUGACGGGGUUAGGCGAACGAGGCCUUAUUUUGAUUGUUAGAUCUCAUAACUUCCUACUUUAACUGUUUGUCAAAGUUGGAGAUAUUUAUGUCAAAUUUCGUAAACAUAGUGAGAGCAAAUACACGGUUUCGUCGAAAUUAUUAACUAUUGUAAGUUGUCAAAGUGAUUUAGAUGUUAUGUUCAGUCUUUCGACCGAAAUAAUAGAUUAAUUUGUUUUUUUUUAGUACAUUUUACGGACGCGUACGCGUACACUUGCCUCUUAGAGGCUACAAACAUGUGCGUACAAACUGCUUCAUAAUUUGCACGGUUCGCCCAGAAGUCAUCAGUAUGAACUGAACAUGUCUGCUAAUGCCUUUAUAAUUUUGUUUAAAAUUUUGGAUCCGGUCACGGCGAAGUAUCUAAAUCUCUUUGAUGAAUAAUUUUCCAGUACUUUGGAAAGUGACGUUAUAUUUAUGAUAUACUUGAAAAUACUGUAUAUAACACAAUAGAUCUGUAAAGUAAAGUAAUCUAUGUAAACUAUAUAAUGUAAUAUAUGUCUGAUAUGUAUAAAUUCAAACAAAUAUUCUGUACAGAUCUAGGACAUAUUUACGUUUUUUAAAUGAUUAUUAUACGUUAGGACUAAAAAUAUAAUAUUUAAUAUAUUGAUAAGAUGUAUGAGGAUUGUGCUGUUGUCGUUUGAGAUAUGUUUAUUGCGGCCCGUUGCCCAUUUGCCUCCAGAUUUCAUUAAGACGAAAAUCAAAACGGUAUUUGUAUCUAAUAUAUUGGAGAUGAAGUCAAUGUUGAACCAAAGUUGGUAAAUUUGUCACGUGACAUGAGAAUUAUCUUGUGUUAAUUUAAUCGUUAACGUCCGUCAUUGGGUAUUGGAAUCAUCUGAGUUUCCGACAUUACAAUGGUAUUGUGUUUAAAAUGGUGGAUUUAAGAUAAUUCAAUUAAGCUCGAGGCAAAGUUAUCCCUAACGCUGAACAAAUACGCUUUGUCACGUGACAGUUGUCAUACAAACUCGUUUCCGUUGGUGGGUUACGCUUCCUGAAAUGUGAUUUUGUCUCUGCCCCUGGGCUAAGGAAUUUCGAAACUGUCGAAUGUAAAUUGUCAAUGUCGGAAUUCGAAACUGUCACACUAUUUUUUAGACUACUUAAAAUGGACUCGGCUGUCACACAGACAUAUAUUGGAUAGAUUUAAGGGAUUCAGGCACAGAAUAUUUCCGCCAUUAUGUUAACCGAAUUAUAAUUAAUGAAAAUUUAUUUUUUAUGCUCAAUUUAUCUGACGCGAAUUAAAUAUCGUUAAGUGUAAUUUGAUAAAGUCGAAUGAUCGUAUUUUUGAGUAAUCAUUUAAUUGUAAUCGCGGCUCACCGGUUCUAUCUCGUUUUAUUAAUCGGUGAGUGUAAGGGUUAGCAAUAUAUUGAGUUAUGCCAAGUAAGUUCACUGAAGCAAAUAUUUAUUUAGAGACAAAAGCUAGGCAUCUUUUUGUCAUGUCUCAUUAUUAUAAAGCAGUGUUGAGUUACGUUGAAGAGGUCUUAAAUAUACAGAACUCGUUAGAGUUGUAGCACUAUUUUUACUAUAUACUCUUGUUUUUAUUCCGUAGAAUUCUGAUAGAUGAUCAGACUCGUAUUUAAAUUUAAAAUGCCCGGGCUAUGCAGGUUUGUAAUCUCUGACAUGUCAAAAAAUGAUGGCUGUCAGAUUUCUACGGAAUUAAAAAUCAGAGUAUACGUUAAAUUAUUUUUGGCAAUUCCACCUCUAAACAGAAUGUAAGAAAGUGUUGCGUUGACCUAGAGUUACUGCUGUCAAAACCUGUUAUAACGACAUCGAAGGGACUAUUCAUAUUCGUCUAUAUCUAUUAUCGUAUAAACCGAUAGUCGUAUUAGCCCAUUUUGGUCAAUAUAACCGGUAUGUUGUUCUUAACGAUGUCGCCGUAAAGGGUUUUGACUAUUUGCUUAGAUAUAUCUUUUUUACACGACUCGAACCGACUUCCUCAGACUACAUUUAACGUUACAUGAAGUACUUAUUUUGUUUGGGCACACACGAUAAAAAUCAUGUUAGACUAUAAUAUUUUAACUUGAUUUUUAUUUUAUUAUCAUUACAUCGCAAAUUUCAUUCCAAAUAGUUUAUUUACGGAUGUACUAAACUCGUAUGCUAACUGUUAAGGAGAAAACGUGGCGUUUAAGUGUCUUAUAAAUUUUUUGAGGUCAACAUUAUGUAAAGAUAUUGUCAUGUCUGUAUGUACAUGAUUAAUAAAUGAUUAUAGGAUUAGCAUACCGGUUUCGGGAUUUGGUGAAACAGAUCGAAUUGAUGCCAUAACGGAAUUAUCGUGAGUACAAAGGGACCUAUUUGUUGUUACACUUUCCGUAUUCUGGAUUCACCGUUAUUUAGUUAGAUAUUUUAAUGUUAUAUAUAAUUGAUUGUGUUAGAGUUGUAUGAAGAACAACCCCCCUUUUUAAGAAAUAAAUCCUGCACCCUUUUAACGAAAGCCUCUCUCGAUCGUUAAUCCAAUUUGACAGAAAGGGAUUUAGUUGACUUUAUAUAGUCGGAUUAAUUUAAAGAAAAUAGUAUGAUUUAGAAAACAAGGUAAUGCUUUUAAGUCGUAGAUAGACGCAUACUUAUGAAGUGUCAUUUUCAAGUUGUGUACGUGUCGAUGUCAAUGUCAAGCUUUAUGACAUUUUGAUUUAAUCUUGUCUAAUAUAAUCUGUACGUAACUACGUCGAUGCAUUUUUAUUUUUAAAACCAACCAACAUACAACUCUAACACUUUCAUGACGUGGUUAUUAAAUUACGUCAAGGAUAUGAAUUUUUUGUAUAACGAAAUCAGGAUUAAAUUGCAUUUCAUCUGAUUAAUGGAAUGACUACUGCUAUCACAAAAUAAAUCCCCGUUUAAUAUGGUGGCUAUGUUUGAUUACUUGUAAGGACAGACUCGGUGCGAAUUAUUACUCACGUUUGUCAAUCACCUUUUUGACACAUGAAAGCCAUUCGGUCUCAAGUUUGAAUCUGGCUCGGGUAAGAUUUUUGUUAGGUAGCCCGCCUUUGUUAAAUAGAGAUAUCACCAGAAUGUUAAAAUAUUUGAAUGGCGGGAGGUCUAUUUUGUGAUAGGUUUUGAGAAUGUUUUUUUUAAUAAUUGUUUAUAAUAAAAUGUUUUAUCAUUUA